AUGCUCGCCGCCAGAAACUUCUCUGCUGCUCGCCAGUGCCUGCGGUCGGCCCGCAUGGCCCCCAGCUUCGUCACCCCCGUGUCGCAGCUGCGCGGUUAUGCUUCCUCCCCCGACGAUGCUGUCGCCAAGUUCAAGGGCCAGAAGGGCGCUGAUGGCAAGUACACUGUCACUCUGAUCGAGGGUGAUGGUAUUGGCCCUGAGAUUUCUCAGUCAGUCAAGGAUAUCUUCGAGGCCGCCAAGGCUCCCAUCAAGUGGGAGUCCGUCGACGUUACUCCCAUCUUGAAGGAUGGUAAGACCGCCAUUCCCGAUGAGGCUAUCCGCAGUGUCCAGAAGAACUUUGUCGCGCUCAAGGGUCCCCUGGCUACCCCCGUUGGUAAGGGUCACGUCUCCCUUAACCUUACUCUGCGCCGUACUUUCAACCUUUUCGCCAAUGUCCGUCCUUGCCGCUCCAUUGCCGGCUACAAGACCCCCUACGACGGUGUCGACACUGUCCUGAUCCGUGAGAACACCGAGGGUGAAUACUCCGGUAUUGAGCACGUCGUUGUCGAUGGUGUUGUCCAGAGCAUCAAGCUCAUCACCAAGGAGGCCUCCGAGCGCGUUCUGCGCUUCGCCUUCCAGUACGCCGAGUCGAUCAACAAGAAGAAGGUCCGCGUCGUGCACAAGGCCACCAUCAUGAAGAUGUCCGACGGUCUGUUCCUGAACACCGCCCGUGACAUUUCUAAGGACUUCCCCGAUGUCGAGUUCGACGCUGAGCUGCUGGACAACUCUUGCCUGAAGAUCGUCACCGACCCCACUCCCUACAACGACAAGGUCCUUGUCAUGCCCAACCUGUACGGUGACAUUCUGUCCGACAUGUGCGCUGGUCUGAUCGGUGGUCUUGGUCUGACCCCCUCCGGUAACAUCGGUGACGAGUGCUCCAUCUUCGAGGCCGUCCACGGUUCCGCCCCCGACAUUGCUGGCAAGGGUCUUGCCAACCCCACUGCUCUGCUCCUCUCUUCCAUCAUGAUGCUGCAGCACAUGGGUCUCCACGACCACGCCAACCGCAUCCAGAAGGCUAUCUUCGACACUCUGGCCGAGGGCAAGACCCUCACUGGUGACCUUGGUGGCAAGGCCAAGACUCACGAUUACGCCGACGCCAUUAUGAAGCGCCUGUAAACUAAAGUCGCUACUUGGAUUU